GUUUGAGCAGAACGGCCACAAAGCAGGUCUUAGGCUAUCAUCUUCGAGCUCGUUUCUAAGAUUUAAGAUUUAACGUACCCUCCUGUGUGACAUAUUUCUAAUUCUUCCGCAACGACACACCGGGGCGCGGUUGAAAGGCCCGGGCCCAUGCCAGGAUGAAAAAGCUCCUCCCCUACCUCAUAGUAGGCUUCGCCGCAGCAGCUACAGCAUUUGCCGAAGAUGUGACGAUUUUUAUGCCAGAUACUACACCGACCUCCGGCACUCCAAGUGACCGGCAAAUCCGCCCGGAUGUCGCUAGACUGGUGCUCGCGAGACGGCUGGGAUGGCCCGGAAGCUCGUUGGCUGGACACGUUGACGAGGGUAUAUUACGAGAUUUAAAUGAAUUUGGAGGGCAACAACCUACAUUAUUUGGAGAUUCAGAUCAAAGGGAGAACCAUCACAAGCUGCUUGUUGUAGUACAAGGGUUUGACCCAGUUGAGGAUGCGCACAUGCAAACAAAGCUUGAUCGUGUCAGAGUAGCUGGGGCUGAACGUGACUUUAUGGAGACUACGUUUCUCAGCGGUCUUCUCUCAGAACCCUCUCCGCGGAGACCUACGUCUCGAGUAUGCUCAUAUCAAUGGGAAGUAGACCAAUUGACAGCGGCCGAUUUGGUGUUUAGAAAUAAGGAAGGAUUAGACUGUCCUUCAAAAACGCCGUUUGUUGAGCAAUUCAUGAACACGCUUUUCGAAGACGGUGAUAUGGAAAGCUUCCGGAGCGUUGUGCGUACUUAUUUCGGAGAUGCAUCCCCCGAGCCUGGACAGCAAGUCUCCGCCAUUCUCAGGCUCAGCCCUCUGCCCAAGCACCCGAACUCCCUCUCCACCUAUAACCAUAUCUUCCCGGUUCUGGCUCUCGCAGAGACGUCUAUAAUGGAAACCACCGUCGUCGCGUUACCCGGCAACACCUGGAAAACGUCUGCAUUCACGAAUCUAGAUUCCGCCGUCCAGCCACUCGCGGACUCACACAAGCGCCAGCCCAGUCAACUUUACUCGGCCCUUCCCCGCGAUUCAAAUUCCACGAAACCCGAUGACAAGCUCUCCACCCUCCUCCCUAUCUGCUACGCGACCAACGAAACCUGCAACGCCCGCACCAACUCCUGCUCCGGCCAUGGCUACUGCUAUCUCAAGCGCCAGGGCGCCGCCAAAGGAAGCGAAUGCUACGCAUGCAGAUGCCUCCGCACCGUCGAUCACACCAAUUCUAAAGACGGAUCCAAGAAAACAACCCAAUGGGGUGGACCGGCUUGCCAGAAGAAAGAUGUGAGCAUGCCAUUUUGGCUAUUGGGUGGAUUCACGCUGCUAUUGGUUGUCAGCAUCUGGUUGGGCGUGGGACUGCUGUGGCAGAUGGGACAGGAAGAAUUGCCGAGCGUGCUGAGUGCUGGAGUUGCGGCUCCAAAGACGCAGAAGUGAUGGAUUGCUUAUGGAUGUCUGCAUUCUUCCUUUGAACCAUAUACGGAGUACACGUACUCCUACUUACUCUCCACGCCAUGUCGCUUUUUAUUGUGAUGGGGGUACGUAUUUAAAUUGCGAGUCCGAUCCCCUGAAAACUUCCCCCCCGCGGGGGCCCAUUUUUUUUAUAUUUUUUUUCCCUUAAAUUCUGCCGGCAUCUGGUUGUACAUGAAGUAAUAUGGUUAUCCCAGGGCUUCCUUUAUUUUUGGUCUCCUGUAUAAUAAGUGCAUGACAUUUGUUGGGCCAUGUACGUGGUUUGUGUUACAAAAGAGCGGUCACAUGCUAGCUGCUAUUUCCAUAUUCCGAUACACCGGGUGUGCUACGAGAGAACAGUGUAGCUUUGGCAUAAAUGUGAAGAGUGCUUGAUUGCUUUGGCGCA